AAAAGCACCAGCUGCAGCCGGACAUAUGAAGAAAAAGGCAGCAGCCCGUUGCGGAGUCCUCUCUGGCACAGAAGUUGAUCUUCGCAGAUUAAGCAUGGAAGAAGCUCAAGAGGUUCUUCUCAAGUUCAAUAUUCCUGAUGAGAUUAUUGUCAAGCAAUCUCGACGGCAUCGUAUUGCUAUGAUACGCAAGCUAUCAAGUGAGCAGGUUGCAUCUGGUGGUAAGUUUGACCCCACAACAAUAGGUAAGUAUGCCUGUGGCCAGAGAAUAUCUUUCCCACAAGUUCAACAGCAGACCCGACAAAAGUGUCAGGAGAUUUGGGAUAGGCAACGUCUGUCCCUUUCAGCUUGUGAUGAUGAUGAGAAUGAAAGUGAAAAUGACGCGAACAGUGACUUGGACUCGUUUGUUGGAGAUCUGGAAAUUCUACUUGAUGCUGAGAUUGGUGGGGAGGGGGAUGAAUCUAAUAUGUCUAAGAAUGAAAAGGUGGAUGGAGUGAACGACCUCAAGAUGAGACGGUGGCUAUCUCAAGUUGACACAGACGAUGAAAUUGAAGAUGGAUCUGCUGAAAAUGCAGAGUUAUGCCGAUUGCUGAUGCAAGAUGAGAACCAUAAGAAGAAAAAGAAGAUGAAAGCUGUGGGAGAGGGAAUGAGAAUUUUUCCUCCUCCACGGCCCACUGUUGAACCUGUCAUUGACAAGAAAUCUCUUGCCACCCAACCUGAUGCAUCUUUCUUAGUCGUGAAUGAGAGCGCCGUUAAAGACACCACAAACGUUGAUAAAGCUAUUUUGAAGACCCCUAGAGGUAAACAGGUAAAAGAGAUCAGCAACCCUAUAGGCAAGCUGAAGAAUCUCAAAAUACUGAAGGUAUUCAAGGGGGAAAAAACAGCAAGAGCGAGCUUCGUCUGUGGAGCAUGUGGUCAGCAUGGACACAUGAAAACCAAUAGACACUGCCCAAAGUACAGAGAAAAUACAGAAUCGCAUCUGAAAAGUAUAGAUUUGAAGAAGUCUGCUGGAAAACCAAGUUCAUCACAUCUAUCAGGCGAGGUCUGGCUGAAACCUAUUGAGAACAAGAAGACUGCUCCAAAAAGUACAACAAAACUUUCUGUAAAUGAAGCUGCGAAAAUAGGUGAUUCAACUUCCAAAACCUGGGGUCUCCCCGCUGGAGGGUUGAUAGAUAAACGCUGUUCAGAAACUCAAGGAAAUUCUGAGCUAGCAGCUGUGUCUCAUAUAGACACUGGGACUAAGUUGACUUCUAGAGUCAGCAAACUCAAUAUAUCUAGCAAGGAAAAACCUAAAGAUUUAAAGGUUGCAUCUGACAGUCCUUCCCAAUCAUUGAGGCCUGCAUUUAGCAGAAAGAGAAGGGAGAGCGAGUCUCACAAUUCUUCUGUUUCUGAAAAACUCUUACCUAGUACAGAGCCAAAUCAGGCUACAUUAAGUAGGCACACUAUUUCAGUUCCACAGCUAUCGUUAAGUAUGGAUAAAGAUCAAGCUGAAUCUUGUAGACAUCAUCGCGCUAUAUGGCCGCCAACAGAAAGAGAACAUCAGCAGAAGAAACUUGUUAUUCAACGUUCAAAAGAGAUUACUGAUCAUGACAUCGGUAGUCUUCGAGACACUCCACAGUUGGAGUCCAGGACAACAAAAAGAAUGGCAGAUUUUCAGAGGCAGCAGAGACUCAGAUUGUCAGAGAACUUUCUAGACUGGGGACGUAAAGAGGAAAGAAUAUUCCGGAAAGAACAAGAUAUAAGUAUGGAUAGGCACAAGGAAGGAAAUGUGAGAAUAGAUUACAAUGAUAUCAUUGUAUCAGAAGAAGGCAGUGAGAUAGCUGAGAUCAGAAGAUACGAAGAGGUAUUAUGGAGUGAGAACGAGGAAGGAAAACGACAAAAAGCCACGAAAAAAAAUAUGUUGCAACGUGAAAUAAUAGAAGAUUACCCUCGUAGAAGAUUGUCAGAAAGAGGUCAGAACAUCAGUAGCCUGUGUGUCUCUGACAUUGAAAGGAACGGGGAAGAGUAUGUACCUCAACCAAAACGAAGAAAAAAAGGAGAGGUUGGCCUAGCAAACAUCUUGGAAAGCAUAGUAGACACACUGAGAGCCAAAGUAAACGUGUCAUACCUCUUUUUGAAACCGGUUUCAAAAAAGGAGGCUCCCAACUAUCUUGACAUUGUGGAACGCCCAAUGGAUCUCUCGACAAUCCGGGAUAAGGUACGGAGGAUGGAGUACAGUGACCGAAAGCAAUUUAGACGUUUUUGGUACGGUGUCUUGCCAGAAAAUGAAAAACAUCUGAUACAUGAUCCUGUUGGCCUAGCAAACAUCUUGGAAAGCAUAGUAGACACACUGAGAGCCAAAGUAAACGUGUCAUACCUCUUCUUGAAACCGGUUUCAAAAAAGGAGGCUCCCAACUAUCUUGACAUUGUGGAACGCCCAAUGGAUCUCUCGACAAUCCGGGAUAAGGUACGGAGGAUGGAGUACAGUGACCGAAAGCAAUUUAGACGCGAUGUCUGGCAGAUAAAGUACAAUGCUCAUCUUUACAACGAUGGGCGUAACCUGGAAAUACCGCCGUUGGCAGAUGAGUUGCUGUCGAAAUGCGAUCGUUUGUUGGAUGAAUAUAGACAUGAGUUAACAGAAGCAGAGGAAGGUAUAGCUUCUAGUCACUCGUAUUGA